AUGGAUGAUUCUGAUGAAGAGUUCUUGUCUGGUUCAAAUUCACCAUCGUCAAGGCUAUCAUCUGUUGUUCCAGAAUCACUUCCAAAAGAUGGUGUAUCAGCAAGAACAAGAUCAAGAGGAGGUAAAAAUGGUGAAAUAAGUGAUUUAAAAGGUGCAAAUGGUUAUGCAUGGGAAGAUGAAUAUCAAAGAUCUUGGGAUAUUGUUAAAGAUGAUGAAUCUGGUAGUGGGUCAUUUGAAGCAAUGGUUCAAACAAUUAUAGAAAAUAGGAAAAAGAAAAUUAUGAAAAAUCCAAGUACACCAUUUCAAAGAGGUAUAAUAAGAACUUUAGUAAUAGCAAUUGAUGGAUCACUAGCGAUGGCUGAAAAAGAUUUACGACCUACAAGACUUUCAUUAACUUUAAAUUAUUUACAAGAAUUUGUUGUUGAAUUUUUCGAUCAAAAUCCAAUAUCACAAUUAGGUAUAGUAUUAAUGAGAAAUGGUGUAGCAAAUUUAGUUAGUGAAGUAAGCGGACUGCCUCAAUAUCAUAUCGAUAAAUUACGACAACUCAAAGCAAGACAACACAAUAAAUUUGAACCAAAGGGAGAUCCUUCUUUACAAAAUACUUUGGAAAUGGCAAGAUCUUUAUUAAAAUUCAAUUUUGGUACCACUUCUAAUAAUACAAAAAAUUCCAAAGAAAUAUUAAUAAUAUUUGGAUCAUUAUUUACAAGUGAUCCUGGAGAUAUUCAUAAAACAAUUGAUAGUUUAGUAAAAGAUGAUAUAAAAGUAAGUGUCAUUGGACUUUCUGCUCAAGUAGCCAUUUGUCAGGAAAUGGUCAAUAAAACUAAUCAUGAACCAAGAAAUACUACAUCAAAACACUAUGGAAUUAUAAUGAAUGAAUCACAUUUCAAGGAAUUAUUAAUGGAUUGUGUAACACCACUACCGUUAACAGAAAAUGAGGAAAAAAUUGAAGAAUCAAAAGGUGUACCAAUUAUAAAAAUGGGAUUUCCUUCAAAACUACAACCAACAUUAACUUCAAGUAUUGGAAACACAGAAUUUACUGUGGAGUUUCCUCAACUCAAUGCUUCUCAUCCAACUCAAGGGUCUGAUGAAUCAAGAGACGUUGUUGAAAUAAAUUCUAAUAUACCACAAUCAUCAUCUUCAAUAAUUGGUUAUCAAUGUCCACAAUGUAAAAGUAAAGUUUGUAAUUUACCUACAAUUUGUCCAGUAUGUGGUCUUAUGCUUAUACUAUCAACUCAUUUAGCUAGAUCUUAUCAUCAUUUAGUGCCCUUGGCCCCAUAUAAAGAAGUUCCUGUAAGUCCUAUUUAUGAUAGUGAAUAUUGUUUUGGUUGUCAAUUAAAAUUUCCCAAGGGAGUUAAAGUAGGUACUCAUAAGGGGACUAUUGAAUCAAUGACAAGUUCAAGAUAUCAAUGUAUAAAAUGUAAACAAGAUUUUUGUAUAAAUUGUGAUGUUUUUGUACAUGAAACACUUCAUAAUUGUCCUGGAUGUGAAAAUAAUUAA